AUGACUGCAUCUUCAUCUCUGUGGCAACAGCUGGAGGGGGAGACUCCUCUGCCUCUGGGCUCCACAUGUCGCAGGAAACGCCUCCGUUCAUCAGGAGAGGAGGAGGCCCGGAGGAGCUGCGCCCGGCGGCCCAACCCGGAAGGCUCGCUGUCAGCCGGCGAGCUGAGCAGCUACGGCAAGCCGGAGGAGAGGGAGGAGGAGAAGCAGCAGAGACUGUGCCAGCGAUGUCACAUCAUGGCGUCGCAGCUGAACAGGCAGGCGGCCGCCCUGGCUGACACAGCGUCCAUGAAGGACCCAGCCUACGCCUCCUUCGUCUACGAUAAGCUCCGCCGCCUGCAGUGGCCUCACAGAGGCCGCCAUGCUUCCUCCGACUCGCACUGUAAUGUCUGUGGCGCCCCCUACCAGCAGCUGAGGCGUCUGGCUCUGCGUCGGGCUCUGGGCGCCAGCAGAGAGAUGACCCCUCGCCCGGCCACACCCAACGCCGCCCCACUCACCGCUACAACCCCCCCAUCAGAGGCCCCCUGGGAGGUCGACAGGCUACCGGUGAAGCAGCAGAGAUGGAUGCAUGAGGAGGAGCCACCGCUCCAUGGGGGAGGAGCUCCAUGGGGCUGGGGCGGCGUACGCAGCACCUACCUGGGAGGGGGCGGAGCCAAGGGGCUCGCCACGGUCACACCCCUGAACGCCCAUAACUACCUGGAGGGUGUGUGGAGGGUGUCUUGCUACAGACCGGAAGUUCAGCAGACUACGGGUUCGCCUUCAAGCCGGGGUUCUGUCACCAUCAGGACCCCAGAUGUCCCAGUUAAACCAGUGGCCCAAAGCAUCGCAACCCAGACCAGCCAGGCUCCCUCUGGUCCUGCUGCCUUCUUCAUCAGAUUCAGAACCAUGAAGGCUUCGGUUCAGAAGUCAAAGCCCGGCUCGUGUCGCUGCGAGAAGAAUCUAAUUGACAGAUUUACUAUUUUUAUCCUGGGUGAGGUUGGAGCUGUCAGCGAGGCUCUGCUGAGUUCAGGAGGUUCUGCUGCAUCUGCCUGA